AAAGAUGGUGCGUAAUAAGCAAUUUUACUUUCUCGUAUUUUGUUUUCGUUAUAUUUGUUUUCUUUGAAAAGGGUGUUGUAUCUGUGCGUAUUAAUUACUGUCUCAACUGAUCUGACAUAAAAAUAUUUGUUUGCACUACGGUUGAAUCCAGUCGUUCAGUCUUGGAGCUGAUGCAAACAUGUCAAUAAGAAACUUUCGAGAUGGCUUCAAGACAUAGGCGUCACAGAAGACAUGAAGAAUAUGAUACUUACAGCAGUGACGAUGAGUAUUAUUCAGAAUUUGAUGAACGAAGAAAAGCUUGUAUAAAGAUACCUAGUUCAUUAGGAGCCCCUAGACGUAAACCUUGCCUUGUAAACCGAGCGCGAUCUGCCAGUUUUGAACACUCGAGUAACGAUGAUGGAGAUGUAAGCUGUGUCUCAUCUGUUUGCUCAACUCCCGGGAGAUCAAGACGAUCAUCAAGAAACCAAGACAGCAUUGACGGCACUUGCGACUACGAUCCAGACAUGGAUGGUGAAGACGGCAAGAUAAUCAUCAUUAACAACCUGGGCAACCCCAAAGGUGCUGUAGGAGGCCCCCGGGACACCUCUAGCCCCAGGCUGGCGGACAGAAUUACACUCCUUGUGGAUAAUAAGAGAUUUGUGGUGGACCCGGAAAUCUUCAGGCAGCAUCCUGACACUAUGCUGGGCAGGAUGUUCACAUCAUCCCUGGAGCACAACUUUACGCGGCCUAACGAGAGGGGGGAGUAUGAAGUGGCGGAGGGACUCUCUGCAUCUGUAUUCAGAGCCAUUCUGGAUUUCUACCGAGACGGGGUGAUUCGAUGUCCGCCAAACAUUACUGUUCAGGAGCUCCGAGAAGCUUGUGAUUACCUUCUUCUGCCUUUCGACUCUAUGACGGUCAAGUGUCAGAACCUGAGGUCGUUACUACACGAGCUGUCCAACGAGGGUGCAAGACAGCAGUUCCAUCUUUUCCUCGAGGAGAUGAUCAUGCCUCAGAUGUGUGCAUGUGCUCAGAGAGGCGACAGAGAGUGCCAUAUCGUGGUGCUGUGUGACGACGACAUUGUGGACUGGGAUGAGGAGUACCCUCCACAGAUGGGCGAUGACAAUCCACAAAUCAUAUACAGCGGCAACAUGCAUCGGUUCUUCAAGUACAUUGAGAACAGAGAGGUUGCCAAACAGGUGCUAAAGGACCGCGGCCUCAAGAAAAUCAAAAUUGGCAUAGAGGGCUACCCAACAUACAAGGAGAAAAUUAGGCGUAGGAGAGGGGGCAGGCCAGAGGUUAUCUACAACUAUGUACAGCGACCCUUUCUUCGCAUGUCAUGGGAGAAGGAGGAAGCGAAGAGUCGCCAUGUUGACUUCCAGUGCGUCAAGUCAAAAUCCAUCACGAAUCUUGCCGAGGCAUCCACAGAUCCGACUUUCGAACUUCCCCCUCUGACCCCAGCUGUCGUUCAACAUCAGGGGGCGGAUGGUUCAAUGCAAGUGAUACCCCCACAACCCUCCCCCUCUGAACCAUACGUGGACAUUAACCUGCUUCAGGAAGGUGAUGUGGAAUGAUUGGAAUAGGAUGUUAAAUAAUUGUUAAACAUGUUAAAUAUUUAUAAGGGGUCAUUGAGUGAAUGGUCAGACGCUGGCUAAGUGUUAGUUCACUAAUUUGGCGAGUUGGAAUGAUUGAAAAGGGGUGUUGAAUAAUUGGAGGGAGAUUCGAUAACAGUUCAAGGAAGGCCAUUUACUGUAAAGAUAGUGUUUGGAUUGAAAGUAGCUGUCUUUUUCUCUGACAAAAACAAUUUCUUCUUGGAGAUGAAAUGUAAGUGGAAAGAUGGAGAGUGUCGCUUCUGGUAACCUUCAACGUUUUUAAUGCACGUUCACCUCAGACAGUUUUGAAUUCAGUAGCCGUUGUGGUUUACCCUAGGCUUUCAAACACUGUGUCACUACCUUGUCAUUUAUGAUAUCACAUACAUGGCUUAUCAUGUGUCAUCAUUUCAAUCCUCAUUCAUGUUUGGAUUCUUAUACCAAGUUCAUGUUUUUGUGCGAAGAAUAAUGUUUCAAUGUUUCCUUCAUUGUUAUUUUUAUCUUUGUUCUUAUGCAGUCCUUGUGUAACUACUUUCGAAUAAUGAAUACUUUAUGGUGUUUAUGGAUUGUCUAUGCAUAAAUAUUUGUCAGGCUAUUGUUAUAACAAAAAUGAAUGGCUUUAUAUUAUAAAACAGAGGACUUACAGCUCUCUUUGUGUAUAAUUUGGCUAGUUCUCGGUUAGCUUCUAGUAACAUUAAUGUUAAAGUUUGAUGCCUGGUAACCCCAUAUGAUUUAGGUAUUAUUUGGAAGGUAUAUGCUAACUAGUAAAUAAAUAAUAUGUAAAAUGUAUGACAGAAUGUGUGUCAUACAAUAAGUUGUUACAGUUCGUAUAUUUUCUUUUUAUUUUACCUGAAAUCAGAGGUAUAUGAUGUAAUCCUUUUCAGUAAAAAAAAUCAAACAAAUCUGCAAACACAAUGCUUUCAAACAAUACCAAAAUGAUAUGUAGCACGAGGCAGCUGUAAUUUUAUAGUUUUGGGUCAGAUAUCUUAACCAACAAAUUUAUGAGUUCUUGCUGUGAACAAAGAGUCAUAUUAUCUACUAUCUUCUACUUAUUUUUAUUGUGGGAGCACAAUUAAUGUGUGUUUUGUGUUUCAACAAGUCAGCAAUAUAUGACUGUUGGAAAUAUUUAGGGCCAGUUAACAUUUAAAGGUAGAACCUAUCUUAACCUCAGUGAAGAAACCAUCUAUGUCACUGCUUUGAAGAAAAACCAGUAAGGGUGUUGUCACAGUGCAUAAUAUUGUGACUUGUAAAUUGUACAGAAAUAGUGUUUAUUUUGCAUUCCUUCUAGAUUAGAUGCAUUCAUACGGUUGUUAAAUACACUGCUCAAAUAGAGACAUAGUUUCAACAUUGGCCCUUUUGUUCAAAACUUUGUUACAGUUAACAAUGUGAUUAACGACAUCGUUGUUAACUUUUGAAAGCAAAAUAUUAUAUGAUUUGCUCAUGUACUUAAAUAAGACAAUUCAGCUGUAACAGUUGUCUCAUAUCUUGUUAGGAAUAAUGUGGAUCAGAAGCGUAUCUGUUAAAACUUCCUGAGCAAAGCUGAUUUGAAAGUUAACAACGAUGAUGUUAAGAAUAUUGUUAACUGUAAUGAAGUCUUGAACAAUUGGUCCACACUUUAGGACUAGCAGAACAAAUGAUGUCAUAGCAUUAAGUGGCCUGUAGGGGCAAAGUCACAGUAUAUUUUAUUUUUAUGUUCUUGUUAACCGAUAGCUGUAUUUUUGUAAAGGCUUUUGAUGGCCUCGAAACUUUUUUACUUCUGGCCCAAUUUUUACUUUAAUAUGUAGGAGACUCAAAAAUGCUUAUAAUCUUAUUUUAUUGUAAAAUUUCUACAUCUGAUGCAUUCAGGGUGAAUAUUGGUGAAAAUAUCUUAAAACAGGUUUUACCAUUAUUGGAAAUAUUUUAUUUCCCCCUAAAUUCAGACAAUCAAGAAUCAAGACAUUAGUGCUUAAAGGCCCUGUAUAUGAAUAUUAGCUUUCAAAGGUGUUCAAUAUCCCUACAUUUAAAUUUGGUAUACAUUUCUUUGUUCAAGUUAUAUUAACUAUCAUCACUUAGUAUUUUUACCCGCAAAGCGGGCACAAUUGUAGUUUGUGCAGUGGCUACUAUUAUCCCAAUAUAUGAACACAUAUAUUCUACCAUCUCCAGCAUUGUAUUAAUUUGAACUACGAUAGUUCAUGUGCAUUAUGGCAUAACAUAGAGACAGAAGUCUAUAUACAAUCAUAUUGUUUAACCACACUUACAAAAGAGGUUGUGAGUUAGAACCUCGUAAGGCGCUCGUUCUUAUGGCCUCUUAUAUGGGACAACAGGGCCAGUAUUUAUAAAAUCAUUUCCUAACUGAAGUCUUCUAUUGCAAAAAUAUAUUGUUAAUUUAAGUUUUUGUUUUUUUACAUUUAAGUGAUAAUCUCCAUAUAUUAAACUUCAUUGAAAAUUAGGUAGUAUUUCUAUAAUGAAGUAAUUAUAUCAUAUACUUUGAUAUCAUAUACUUUGAAAUCAUAAAUAUUCGUGGGACAUUAAUUUUCAUUGAUUCUGUGGGUUAACUUAUCCACGAAUUCAAGAUCCAAACAAAAUGUUGACAUUUAAUUCUGAAAUCAGAAAAAAAUUCAAGGACACCAAUAUAAAUGAUAUCACAGUAGCUAGUGAAAUACAUACAUUCAGAAUAUGACGUAGGUAAGGACAUGACUUCAGGCGUUUUAUGAAUACUGACCCGGUACUGUCAUGUUCCCAGGAAAAUUUAUCAAAGUGUGAUUCAUAUUGUGUUAAUAAAACUGUUUCACAAUGAAACUUAAACAAACUGAUGCAAUUCUGAUACAAUGUGCCAAGCCCAUUCUAAUCACUCACCAGCCUUUACAACAGUUGUCAAGUAGGAGUGUUUGCCAUUUCCAGCACAUUUCUGUCUACUAUAAUCUUGCCUUGAUGUUGAUUGACUGUACUGUGUGCAAGCAUAUCUUUUAUACGGGUAAAACUGCCAUGCUUAUGUAACCAUAGUGUAUCUUGACCCCUGCUUUUUGUAGCUUAAAUAUGAUCAACAGUCAAAAAAAUCAUAUAUCUUUACGAAAAAAAUAAUUUUGCACAUUGAAACAUCUGUAGAUUCUAUCAACCAUUUCCAUUUUUUACCAAAGCAUUUUUGGGGCCGUUAGUAUGUUUUCAUCAAUGGUCUUAAUUGAUCUGAAUCUUUUAAUAUUCAUUUUAACUUUUUAACAGUUCAUUCUAGUAAGCCUAAGAAGUUUGAGAGGAGAUCAUUUUGAUUGAUUUUAGAACUGGCUUUACUUGCUGUUGUUGCCAUGAGCUCGUGAAAGAUAUUUGCCUCACUGAUUUUUCAUACAUGUAUGUGCAUUGUCAUAAUUUCCUGUUUUUAAAAUUCCAAUUUUUUUCCUAAAGUGAUUUGAGAAAAUUAAGAAAUAAUAAUUUGAAGUAUGGUAAAAUUUAACUUAUUUACUGCCUUUGCACUUUUCAUUUCUGUAUUAUUUUAAUAAUAAUCGUUGCUUCAUGUUAGGUACAUGUAUACUGUUGAAUAGAAGUGAGGACAAAAAGUUCACAACUAAUAAAUCUUAACAUCUUUUUUUACAUGCUUUUUUACAUGCUUUUUUACAUGCUUUUUAGUUUGUAAAUUGUACAUGUACAUGUAAGUAAAAUCAGAUGAAAGAACUCUUUUGAACUGAUACAAAUAUUGAUUGGGUUCACUUGGCAAUUUGUAAUCAAAAUUGGGAAAAAAUGCAUUAUGAGAAAUGGCACUAUAAUUAACUAGCUUAUAAAAGUUUAAAACAUAAACCCUUUUGCUGCUAAAUGUAUAAUUACAAGUACAUACUAAACUUCUGUAUGUAACUAUACUGGACAUCGGCAGUCUCAAAGUUGAGUCUGUUGAAUUAUGGCGACUAUGGUGCCAAAAGGGUUGAAUGACGACAUGUAUAUUCAGAGAGAGUAAUGAUAAGUCUUUAAUCUACAACAACACUUUUAGUGUUGUAAUUGAUAUAACAAUAUGAUAUAUAUUUUAAAUUUUUGACCAUGUAUAUGACUGCACUCGCUUGUAUAAUACUAGUUUGUUAGCACGCUGGUUUGAGGGCGGAACAUUUGUGACUGUGAUAACAUACCAGUAGUUUUAGAUAGGUGUUGUUUAUAUUUUGUAGAGACAACUUUGUAAUCUAUGUAAAAGGGAAGAGAAACUCUUGCCGUGAAGUAUUAAAAUGGAUAAAGGUUAUAUUGGGGAUUUAAUUGUUAAAAAUUACUGCAAAAAAUAUUCAGUUUGAUUUUAUCAUUCGGAACUCCUCGGCUAUUUUCUACGACACCUACCUCAGAUGUAUAAGGACGGUUUACUUUGUCAGAAAUCAGUAAACUUAAACUAGGCUGCAAGUAGAUCGCGUAGUUAUUUCAAUUUAGCAGAUUAAUUUAAUGACUUAACUCUUGGAAAUCUUAAUAAUGUUUACAAUAAUAAACUUCACUGGCAAUCAAUUUAAAAGCUAAAAGCUCAAACACUACAUUUCAUUAAUAAAUUAUUUUUUAAUAUAAUUCAAAAUUUUACGAACUACUUCUACUAAUGUAUCGGCAUGCAUCAGAGGUUGUUUUCGAUAAAAAUGACCCAGGAGCUCCAAAUGUGAUUUUAUUGGAAACAUUUUGAAGAACUUGGACUUAAAUUAUUUUUUGCAACUCAUGAUUUUGAUAAAUUGAGGAUAAUUGUUUGUUUCAGUGUAGGAUCGUUAUAUAUUUCACCGAGUGGGCACCAAAAGAUUUAUUUCACAAGUGAAAUAUUGAAUAUUGGUGUUCACCAGGUAGAAUUUUUAUUCGUAAUACCAGUAAUGUAUUUCAAAAUUCUUAAGGGCUAAGAUUUUAAAAUGAAGUUCAUGUAUUAAUAGGUUUUCAGCAGUGACUGUAUUAUUCUCAGUAUUUAAAGGCCAAGUAAAUCUCAUUGUUCUAGAUUAUCUGAUAGAUUUUAAAUCAUGAUUUUAUGAUCAUGUUGUCUUCUCCAUAGUCUCUGAAACCAUUAUGUAAAUGUAUGUAAAUCAUAUUUUUAUAGCCAUGUUUGUACAAAUAUCAUUGUUGGAAAUCCGUAACAUCACUUUAGAUGCCAUAUAUUUUACUGCAAGUGUUUGCUAUAUUGUUAGAGGGUUAUAUUGAUAUUGAAGUAUAUUAUUUUCAACAAAAAACUUGAGUGGGUAAACAUGAAACAAAAGCCAGGGAUGACGUUCAUAAAACCUCUUAAGUAUUUCUAGCUUGGGGAAAGUUUUGAAUUCAUUAUUGAUUUGUUAAAAAAAAAAUGUGUAUUCUUAAAAAUGUCAAUGAAAAUAAAGCAUUUCAGAAGUUAUCAACUUAUUAUAUUUUGUCUCAAUUUCUUGAACAACUUAAGUCCCUUGUAUAAUGUAUAGUAACCGUAUUUAGCUAAGAACAGUUAUUUUUUUCGGUAUUAUUUGUGUUGUGUUUUUAAGAGAAUUUAAAGAGAUAUUAGACUAUUAAAGGAAAUUAUUCUAAUGAAAAUAACUGUAGACUUUCGAAAUAUUUGAUAAUGUGAUUUUAAAUUUAAAAGUUGUCUCGAAUCUUGUUUAUAAUAGAAACACGGAAGAUCACAAUUAAAUCCAUUAAACUUCCAGAGAGGAAAAUAUUUAAAACGUAACGAUGUUAACUUUAGCAAAGUUCUGAACUGCUGACUAUUUAUUCUUGUGGAGAAAAUCAGUCAAGGCAGUCUUGAUGGGUAACUACACAUCCGUUGAUGAUAAGGCAACUCUGUUAUGGGUUUGUUUGUUUUCAAUAUACUGCAUUUCAUGCUGUAUCCACAUUUCAUUGUUAAUUCAUUAUUUUUUUCUGAACAAUAUUUCCGUUUUGUUCAAAAGUUUGUUAUGUGAACAAUGUACCUGUUUAUCAUGGAUCAGUAUUUCCAUGUUAUUGUCCCCAGAGAAAGUUGAACACAAGAAACCAUAAACAGAGUGAAAUGCUCAUUUAUUAGUACAGUUUACCAUGUUUGAAUUUAUUUUUAAGUACAAGAAUGUAGGUACACUUGUAAACUAUGAACAGUUUUGAGGAAUUUAUUUAACAUCUUGAAAUAAAAGUAUAUAAAGCACAAAA